GUUACAUGAAAAUAACACCCAAAAUGUAAACAAAACAUUAAAAUGAAGAAAAAGGACAAGCGGAAUACUCUAUAUAUUUUCCAGAUUAUUAUUAGGAUAUUAUUAGUUUUACUACCUCAAACAGGCUAUAUCCAUCCAGAUGAAUAUUUUCAAUCUGUAGAAGUCUUAGCAGGUAAAAUUUUCGAUGUACAAUGCAGUCCACCAUGGGAGUUCAAUGUAACAACUCCUAUUCGGAGUAUGACAAUACCAUACUUCACAAUAGGAAUACCAUAUGGAAUAAUGCGAAAUUUCAAUGCCCUCAGCAAGCAAUAUUUAAACCAAGCGCUGCUAACUCCUUACAUGCUGCUCAUUGUGCCCAGAAUACUAAUGUGUCUUUGUUCUUUCCUUGUUGACUAUUGUUUGUACAAACUUUGCUUGAAUAAUAACGAGAAGUACAAAUCUCGUCUAAUAAUACUAGCUAGCUCAUAUGUGAUGAUAGUAUAUGGUACUAGAACAUUUUCGAAUACCGUAGAAUUGGUGCUAUUUUCUCUGUUAUUGUAUUUUGUAUGUGAAAGCUUAAUAUUUAAUAAUACUCUAUUAAGGAAAAAGGAAUAUUUAAAUUUUAGGUAUGAUAAAAGUAAAACUACUGUAGAUAAAGCAAAAUUCCAUAAGUUACGUUUGUAUUUAACGUCUGAUUCAUACAGAAGUUGUUUUAUUAUCAGUACCAUAACUGUAUUUGGUUUCUUUAAUAGACCUACAUUUUUAGCUUUCUCAGUGAUACCGAUAUUCUUCUGGUUGUACAGAGGAAUAGGCAGCAAAUCAGUAUCUCCAGUAACGUUUUAUUCCAGACUUCUAGUCUUUGCCCUAUGUACCGUUCCCUCCUUUUUAUUUAACAUUUUUAUAGAUUCCUUAUAUUACGCCUACCUUACUUGGGGUGAAAUUGGAAUGUUGACUGUAUCACUCAACAAUUUCGUUUUCACUCCUUUAAAUUUUUUAAGAUAUAACACCAAUUUGAAAAAUUUGGCGAUACAUGGGUUGCAUCCAAGGUUUUUGCAUGCGCUGGUGAAUAUUCCAUUGCUUUUUAACGUGUUGGGAGUUUGUGGUGUCUUUGCCGUGGGACAAUAUUUGUAUCUAUGCUGCUUGAAGAAAUUUAACCUGUUACCAACAGUACGAAGCAUAAAAUGUUUAAUGACGCUUUCAUUCAUUGUGCCUUUAGCGAUGUUGUCCAUUUUUCCACACCAAGAACCAAGAUUUUUAAUUCCAUUGAUAGUGCCGUUAGUCUACCUUCAUGCUACAACAGUGUUGCCAGAGACGGACUAUAACCUCGUGGAAGCUCCAAAGGUUCCAUCUGUAGUACCAGUUAAGAAGAAAACGCAGUCUUAUGUACUUCUCAGGGUAUGGUUACUGCUUAAUACAAUUCUUACGUUGUUGUAUGGAUUUCUUCACCAAGGAGGAGUUUUUUCAGCUACAAAUUAUUUGUCGCAGCAAAUGAAGAUAGUCUCCAGCAGUACUGAGUACCAUAUUGUUACUAGUCACAUAUAUUCGUUGCCUGAAUCGUUUUUCUUACAAAGAUCGCAAUAUCAACUGUACUUACGAGGUCAAGUAGACCGUACAAUGAAAAAACGGGUAUUUCUUUAUGAGGAAGGUUCUAAGGACCUUUCCUUGAUUCUGAAAAAGAUAAAACUUAUAAUUAAUUUAGGGAAAAAGGAUGAACACAAAACGUACCUAUUGAUCUCAGGGAGCCUUGAAGAUGACUUAGAGUAUGCUUCAUUGAAAACAGAUUUAAAAUUACAUCUGCUUAAAAGAUUUAGCCCUCAUUUGAGUUUUGAAGCAUUUCCUAAUUUCUCUAUGUACUGCUUAGAUUUUGUGAAGCCUAUGUAUCGAGGAAAUUGCAUUCCCUUGCCUCUAGAUCAGUAUUUCAACUGGUUAUCAAGCCUUUUUGCUUUGAAUUUGUAUAGAGUUGAGAGUAGUAAUAAUUUUACCUCGUUACAUUCCGAUAAUGAAUAGUUUAGGUUAGGUUAGGUUCGAUUUGAGUGGGUGUUUGACCACUCCUCCACUCGAUCAAUGAAUGAAUAGUUAGCUCGGGGAAAUAAGAUAUCUUUCGAGAAUGUGACAAAUCCAGGUACCUAUCUGAAAAUUUUUAUAUAGUUAAUUUAGGCACAUAUAACGAAAACCGAUUAGUUUUCUGCAGAUUUCGGAGCCAUUUUUUUAAAUAUUAAUGUUAUUGUUGAGCUUUUCGUAUCCUCAUACAAACAUCGUCUUUUGUACGUCCGCUUUCUGUUAUGACACUUCCAAGAUACCUAAAGUUUUCCACAUUUUCAAUCUGCAUGUUGUCGAUAUUAAAUAGCGUGUUAUUCUUUGCAUUUAUUCUCAUGGAUUUGGUUUUACUAAUAUUGAUUUUCAAAUCUAUUUUAUUGGCCUCAGUGGAAAGUGUUUCCUAUAAGUUUAUUGCCUAUAAUAACUAAAAAAAUUCAAUGGAACUGGAUUUGUCACUGUCCCAAACAGGGUCUUUUUUGCUUAUUUCCCAGUACCUACUAAAUAUAAGGACGUGUCUUGUCGACACGCCAAAUAUAAGAAAUUGCGAGUAAAGUGUCCGAGUAAGCCUUAUGCAAUUGUUAUAUUUCUUUAUAAACAUUUUGGUAUUUUUUGUGUUGCUUAGGCUUACAUAAUGCAAUAUCAUGAUACAGACUGUUUAGUUUUCAAUUAGAUAUACAUACUAUAAAUGGCAACAUUGCUGCCCCGCAGCCCACCUAAUUCGCUUCGAUUCAUUGAGUCAUUCGUCAUUCUACAGUGAGAAUGCAACUCUCUCUCUCUCUCUCUCUCUCUCUCUCUCUCUCUCUCUCUCUCUCUCUCUCUCUCUCUCUCUCUCUCUCUCUCUCUCUCUCUCUCUGAUAAGCAAUGUUGGCGAUUUUAGUGCUUCCUUCAUAAUCUAAUGAAGCAUUAAACAAUCAGUAUGUAUAUCAAGUUUCAAGUCACACAUUUAAUACUUCCACAUUCCACUUUUAUAUUUUAGCCAUUUAGUGCAUAAUUUCCGUCCAUUAUUUACACAUUAAUAUAAGUUUCACCAUUUAUUUCCCGAAGUUUCUGCAGUUAAUGUGUUUUAAGGUAGUGUGAUAAUGUCUUACCGAAGAUGAUGUUGUCUUCUUUAUUUUUGUGCUAAUUUAAAUAGCUGGUAGGUGCAAGAAAUAAGGUUUAACAGAAUUUUUUUGUAAUCUGUUGUUUAAGAAGUACCGAUUGUUUUUAAACUAAAGUUGGGAAAUUCGAAUUUAAUUUUUAGUACUCUGUUAAUAUAAAGUAAUGUUGUAAGUUAUACUUAGAUCAAUAAUAAGUAUACCAAGGGGACAUGUAUACUUAUUAUGUACAGAGUAUACAAGUAUACUCUGGACAUGUAUACUGGAUAAAAAACUUUUCCUGCCCAUUUACUGUGUAUGAAUUAUACAAAUUAGACCAUGGCGGAUCUAUUUUGAGGUAGAUGUGAGACAUUUCAUUCUGUUUUAUUAUUAUAAAGAUUUUCUAUGCGAAUUAUGAAGGUCUUAAGUGCAAGUGGUUAAAAAAUUGAACAAGAAAAGGCUUGUUUGUCCCCCUUUUUGUAUUUAUUGCUAUUUUGCAGCAAGAGUAAUAAAUUAGAACAUUUUACCGAGUCGUAUCCCAUAGAAAAUUUAAUUAUCUUUAUUUUAUUUCAGUAAGACUUUGCUCCCAAAUGAAUCGUUUUAAAUAUUUUGAGUUUUUGAUUAAUAUUCUCGAACCAUUUGUGAGGGAAAAGUCAAUUAUUAUUAUUGAACCUAUUAAACAACUUUUUCUGCAAAAAUCAGAAUGCCACAUCUCACAUCCACCUCAAAACGGGCAGACACGAAUUGAGGACCAAAAUGAAAUUUUAAGUAAGGGUUUACUUUUAUACCUGAAAAAAAUCGCACGAAUUGAGGACCAAGACUUCUGAUAAAGAAAUCAUUAUACUCAGGCAUAAAAUAUUAUUAAAAGUAGGAAUCCCAAUAAUCGUAGAUACUUAUUACCUAUUUAAGAAACAAUAUUUUAAACAUACUGACUUACUUUCCGUGUCCGGAACACCAACAACUUUAAAUUCUGUAUUUCCAA